AUAUAUAGACAGGAAACUUAACAUCUGCAAACAAUCGAAAGAUAAUAAAACGAAGUCUACAUUGGUACAGUUCACAAAGCCAUGGGAACCACGCUGUGUGUUCUGCUCCCUCAUCAAUGCAAACUUGCUAGUCGGAAUGUGUUAUACUGUUGUACAUACAUACGCGAAGGUUACGAGAUAUAAUGAAUUUGGACAUCUCAUACAGACUAUACAAAAUACAACAGAGGGACAGAAACUGUAUUGUAAACCUUUUUACAUCACAGAAAAUCGCAAUGAAGAUAUUAUUGUGUCAGAUUUACACCUAAAUGCCGUAGUGGUGACAGAUCGUGAAGGAAGGCAUCGAUUCUCCUACAAAGGACAUCCAUCCGGAUUUGAACCAGGAAAUAUCUGCACUGAUGAGCUGUCACACAUUCUGGUGUGUGAUUGUUGGACCAGAACGGUACAGAUGCUUGACAAAGAUGGGGGAUUUCUGACAUUGAUACCGAUAGACCAAAAAGGAAUAAAAAUACCCGAGAGCGUGGUUUAUGAUAGCAAAUCUCAUCUUCUUUGGGUUGGGAUAAAAAACAGCAAUGAGGUAUUUGUAUACAGGUAUUACAUAAGAGGACAGCAGGCCAAUCUAGAAGAGGGGUGCGAUAAGCAAGAAAAUCCUAAAGACAACAACAUUUCAACUUGGUGGAGUGAAGAAGAAUACAUAUAAGAAAAUACCUCCUUUAAACUACACAAAAUGAAGAUAAGAAUAUUGGCAAAAAAGAAAGAAAAGGUGAAUUUUAAUUUGUGAA